UACUUACUCAGCCAAAGAUUGCUGUAUAAGUAUUACGUGGCUUCAAUUGCCAUUGGACAUUCUCGGGCAUGUUCAUGUUGUUAUGUGAUGAUGACGAAUGGCAAUGGAGAGUACGAAUACGUACGUAGUACAAUUAGAAGGAAUGUGGUGGUUUUGCUGGGAAUGGCUGAAUGGGUGAUCUACAUUGCUGACAGCAUAGAGGCAUAUCUCUAUGCUUGAUCUCACCCCAUACUCGGAGCCUCCGGAUCAUCAUCUAUAAUCCCAUAAUAUCGAUCAAUCGAUUGUCCGUACUUCACAUUAUCAUGGCACAAUGGACUCCCACUCCCUCACCAGCUUUCCCGCCCGGCCCCUCCUCGUCCUCGCCGUCCUCCUCCCGUUCCUCUUGAUCUACGCCCCACUACUAGAAGACCUCGCCUCCCCCCGACCCUACGCGAAGAACCCCUUCGUAACCACCCAGUCCCCCUCCGGCGCCAACGAGACCCGCCUCCAGCUCACCGCCCUCGUCUCCACCGCGCAGGACACCUCCGCCAUCGAGUGCUGGGAGCUCAACACGCCGUUCACGGUCUCCGAGGAUGCGGGGAUCAGUGGUGCGAUGGCGCUGCCAUUUGAGGCGGUGAGGGAGGGGGGGACGUAUACGGUAUUGCCAGCGCGGUUCUAUGGGGGGCUGCACACGGCGCCACGAGAGCAGUUGGUGCACUUCACGGCUGGAUUGGCCCAUGUGACGUUGCCGGAUGUGCAGCGUAAUAGUAAGACGGAGGCGUGGGUGAAGGGGGGGAGGGAUGGAUUGAUCGUGGCGACGGAUACGACGGGUCGGGGGCACGUCACGGAGUAUCCGUUGCGGCAGCAGACAGUGGCGAUACAGUUGCCGUUGGUUGGGGGGGUAGAGGCGCUUGGUGGGUAUAGGAAGGUUGGCGACGGGCCUUGUUUGUGACUUCGACGUGUCGUUCGGCCACGGAUGAAUCGGAGGCUCGGAGCGUCACAUUGGAAUCGAGUUUACAAUGCCCCGCCCAGUGCGCUCACGAGGAGCAUGGCUAUUCUUACAUGUAGUCCGACACGUCGUUCCGUCCGCUCGAACUCCCCUUCCUCCACCACCUUCGCAUGAUCCUGCAACCACGUCUCUUCCUCUCCCAGCCGCUUCAUGAGUGCCGCAUCCCGCGUCACGAUUAGCGCAUUCGCCUCCAAAUCCAAUUGAUGACUCCGCUUCGUAUAAUUACUGCUCCCCACCAACGUCAUGCUCGGCCCUCGCGCCUUCUCCCCCGCCAUCGUCACCCACAGCCCCUUCGCGUGGUACGUCCACCCGCCUUUCUCCCCGACCGUCCCC